AUGAAAGCUUUUCUCAAGAGUUCAGAUGGUAUUUUUGUUCUGAGGCCAAAGAUAACUACUUUAGGAAGGCACGAAGAUUCAGACAUUAUCCUUAAGUCUCCAAAUGUUGACGAUCAUCAUGCCGCUAUCGAGUUCACGGAGUCAGAAAACGUCUUCGUCCUCCGAGAUUUCAACUCCACUCAUGGAACGUUUGUCAACGAUUGCCACAUCCAGAACGCAGCAGUGAAAGUUAGCCCUGGAGAUGUUUUGCAGUUUGGCUCCAAUGGAACCGGCUUUGAGCUUGUGGUCGAGAGCGCUCCUCAGGAAAAGGUAUCGUGUCCACCAGUGACGCGCCGUGCUGCCUGGCCCGGGCAGCUGCAGGUAGUCACAGAGAUGAAAGCUCUUCCGGCAGCGGCGUCUCAGUUUCCAUUCCUUCAGUCGCAUCCGCUACCUCACGCCAGCAGUAGCUGGACCUACGGGGCAAGUGGGACUUCGCCGCAUCCUCCGCUCAGGAAGAAACCCAUGAACGCUUGGGGCAGAGUGGUCUCAUCCCCGUCUUUCUCUCCCAGUGCUUUCGGCAGGCCGCCGGCAGAUACGUUAGGAACCGGAACUGCUACUGGUCCUUUGCCAAGCGCCCAUUACACCGACUCACCUCCCAAGGAGAAGGACGAGCUCCCUAUGAAAACAGAAAACGGAAUCAGCCGUCACUCCAGCUAUGAAGGUGAGUCCAGUCGCAAGGAUACAGUGAUAGCGAAUCUUCAGGACGAGCUUGCGGCGAUGACGGAGAAGACAGUGGAGGCUCUUGCCAGGAAAGAUGCCGUGUUUCAUCAGAAGCUCCGGACUCUCAACCAGGACAUUGAAGCAAAGGCAGAAGAAAUUAAGGCUUUGAAAGAGCAGGUUUCCCACCUGCAGCAAAACACAAGUGAAGUGUUGUGCCAUUCCCUUUCAGAAAGAGACCUCCAGAUUGCACACUGGAAGCAAGAGAUUGAGAAUUUGAAGAAAAGCAAUUCUCUGACUUCAGGGCUGGUGACCAGUUUGCAAAAAGACAUCACGUCAAAGGAGCAGAAGAUGCAGCAGCUGAGAAUUGAUAUGGAGAAAUUAAGGCGCGAGAACAGGGAGAAGGACAACCAACUUGCGCAUGUGUCCGCCCAGUGUUCUAGAAUUAAAGAUGAAAUGAAGCGUGAAUUCAGAGAGAGAGAAGUAAAUGCCUAUCAGAAUCGUAUUGCUGAACUUGAGCAGCAAAUAAAGAGAGCGGAAGAAGAAUUACAGAAAUCCCGCGCCGAGCAGGAAACCUUAACCAAAAGGCUUGCAGAAAAAACAAAGGCUGAGGAGGAGCUGCAAAGGGAAUGCGAGAGGAAGUUGCAGCAGGUGCAAGAAAUGGGGCGCCGAGAACGCCUUGCCAAGUUGGACCUGGAGACAGCGGGAGCUCAGGCGCAGCUUUUCAGAAGGCAAAUGACUGAAUGCCUUUUGUCAGAACUUCCAGAGGAGCCAGUAUCAGAUCAACAGAUCAUCAAGCGGAUCAGUGAAAUUAAGAAGAGCAGCAAGGAGUUUUCUCGCACGGAGAAGUUGCUGAGAGAGGAAAUCCAUGUCAGAGCAGCCAAAGAGAGAGCCACAACUGAGCAAUUUGAGCUGCUGAAGGAAUCAUUGGACGGAUUUCAGGCUUUUUUGGAAACCCCCUACUGCAGCAGCAGCUUGAGGAAGGAGGUCUGCAGUCUUCAAAACCUGAGCGUCGCCCCGCCAGUCUCAUGGGUCCAGGGCUGGGCAGCUGAAGUCUUGUGUGGCUUGCUGAGCUGGGUGGAUGCAGUGGAAGGUCUCCUCUUGGAUAUGGGACUCGACAUCUCCGACUCUGAGAAAGGAAUGGCCUCCUACAUGAAGAAGCUGUCGGACCACCACUUGAGCACCAUGGGCGAGCUUCAAGCCUUACAGACCCGGCUAAGGCUGGCAGAAGAGUCCCAGCAUUCUCUGCUGAGAGAGAAGAUGAAUGAAAUGAAAGCCGAGCUCGAGAAGGAGUUCCAGGACAAAGAGCAAACACUCCUGGACAAAGUGAAGAUUCUGGAGGAGACAGCUGCCCUGGAGAAAGAAAAAUUAAACGAAGUUAUAGAGGGAGAAAAGAAAAAAGUCCAGGAUUUGAAAACUGAGAUGGAACGGUUGGCUGAGGAAACUAAACAUAGAAUUGAAUCAGAGGAGGCUUUGAAUGCCAAGCUAAGAGAGACUUUGGAGAGCCUAGAAGAGGCUAAGAGAAAGAAGAUGGUGGCAGAAGAGAAAUUAGCCAUCUGGGAGACACAGCUGAAAAUCAUCGAGAAUGAAAAAGAAAUACAGAAACAAAAGCAUCAGGAGGAGUUUGCAGAAUAUAAGGAGCAGAUCAGGCAACAUUCGCAGACGAUCGUCGCUAUGGAGGGAAGGCUGUCGGAGGCUGCCCAGUACCUGAAGAAGGUGAAGGAGGAAAAUUUCAAGUUUCGGCAGCAAAUAGAAGGUUGGGAAAAAUUAGCAGCCGCGAGGCACGAAAUCCUUUCAAAGCACGCUGUAAUCUUGGAACUAAAGAAGGAGCUCUCGGAAGCCAAAGCCAGGAUGUCCGACGUGAUUGGAGAACUGAGUGAAAAGCAAAAGAUGGAACUGGAGCAGAAGCGCAGUCUGGUCCACAGCCUGGCGCAAGAACUGAACCAGCUCCGAGAGAAGCUGUAUGAGAUGUCCAAGCUGGUGGACAGGAAGGAUGUAGACCUUAAAGCCGCAAAUGAAGAAUUAAGUCUCUUUGCUGAAGCUCACGUGUCCUCUCACUUUGCGGGAAAGACUGGAGCCUGGUUUUGUGUGCCGUCCUUGGACCUGGCUGACCUGGGAGCGAAAUGCAAAGGCUCCAGACACGAGGAGACCAUCUUGCGCCAAAAAGACGCCCUGACCGAACUGCGGGAAAGGAUCAAAGUGCUGGAGAGGACUCGGCCUUCGGGAUUUAAAGAGAAAACCGCGGAGCCACUUAUAGUACUAAAAAAAGACCUUACUGAGAAAAGGGAUCGAAAAACAGAGAAAGAACGUGAGCUGUCACCGGCGGUGACAGGUGUGGAUGCUAAUAAGCUUCAGAGCAGCAUUUGUAGUACAGAUCCCAAUGUGGCAAUAGAAAGGACUGCAAAGUUGGAGAUGGCGGAUGCUUUAGACCUCAGUGAAAACAUGUACCUCACCCUGAUUCGGGAUCUAGCCAGCCUGAUGGACGUGAAGGAGCUGCUGGGAAUGCAGACGGUCAAGCACCUCCCCCACGACGAGCGGGCCAAGGUCAGGCUGCUGAGGCAGAAGGACCUCGAGCUGCUGUUCGACAAGAUCAGCAGGCUGAAGCACCGUCUGGAAAGGAAGGAGGUGUUGUUGAAAGAGUACGAGAAAGACGCCGGGCAGUUCAGGACAAACACACUGUCUCUGCAAGGGUGCCACGCCGAGAUGUCCAAGCUAGCCGACAGGAUCUACCGGGAAGCCGAAGAGAACACUUUGCUGAAAGAAGCUCUGGAGAGGACAAGACUGCAGCUGAGCCAGGAGAAGAAGCUGAACAGGGUUCUGAAGCAGCAUAAGGCAGCCGCCAAAAAGAAAACGUUCCCCGAAAACCAGAAGAUGGCUGAGAGACCAGUAGAAGCCUAUAAGAAAAGAGCACACUACAGUGCCUCAGCGUAGGCAUCCCACUUGCCAGACUCCUCUAGAGUAAGAGUAAUGGGGCCGUAUGCUUGUCCGUUUCUGUAAAUACGAUAAAUGAUGCAGCAUUUUAUAAAAAAACA